CUCUGUCACUCCUGGCCGGUUUGAAGUCUGAGGGGACUGUUACUGGUCGGUUUCAAUUUCCCUGAACUCAAAUAUUUCCCUGAAAAUGAGAGUGCAAAGAUUUUAAUUUCCUUCCGAGCCUUGCAAGCCCUCUCCCUGGCCCACAUCUUCCCCCAAGCCCCCCACCUGGGACUCCUCCCUUUCAUUGCUCUGAAUUCCCACCUCUUUGCUUCCCCGAGAGGACAUUUUCUAGGGUGUUCUGCUCCCGAGCCUCCUUCCCUUUCUUCCCACCAGUCUUCUGGGAUCCCCACAGCCCUCCUCUCUGGAGCGGGCUGCAGGAUUGAUUCUGGGUAGUGGUAUGAGUGUGAUUUCUUAAGAAGUAGGCAGGGCCUGCCAGAGGUGUCAGGAGAGAUGAAUUUCUGGUUUGUCAGCUACAUUGGAGCCAUCUGGUUGCUGAUUCCUUCAGUAGAGGGUGACAGCUGCGGGAAACUAUUGGGGUGGUAGAGGGGUGGUUGAGAGGAGGGGAAGACACAGGUGGCACCUGAACACGUUUGAACCAGCACCCCAAACCCCACAUGAUGGGAAAGCUGGAGGGUCAAGUUGCAGAAUAGAACCAGAAGAAGGAAGGAAACUCAUGAGAUCAUCUGAUCCAGUCCAUUGUCUCCAAGCAGGCCAACAUCUAAAACACCCAGGGAACUGUUCAGAGCCCCCUGCAACGAAUUAUUACAUCCUCGUAGUGGAGGAGAAGGAAUAUGAGACUUGGGUGACCUACAGCUGUACCAAAGGCUACCAUCUUGUGGGGAAGAAAACGCUCUCCUGCAACGCUUCUCACGAGUGGGACAGACCAGCCCCCACCUGCCUCCCGGGCCACUGCCCCAACCCGUUGGUGGCGAAUGGCCGGAGGAGUCCACCAGAGAAAGGGCCCGUGGCUGAGCGGGAUACGGUCUUUUUUACUUGUGACGAUGGCUAUGUCUUGAAGGGCAGUGGCUCGAGCCAGUGCCUGGAGAACCACACAUGGUCCCCGCCUCUGCCCACCUGCAGAACCACCAAUUGUCCCAGUCCCAAGAAGCCAGCUCAUGGCCAUUUCACAGCCAGCGACUUGACUUCAGGUUCUACUGUCACUUACCACUGUGAGGAGGGGUACCAGCUGGUGGGCAGACCCUCCCGGAAAUGUGUGGAUGGGGAAUGGAGCGGCAAGGAACCCAUUUGUGAAGAGGUGUGCGUAGCUCACACACAGACUUCACUUCAGCUAAAGAGGAACAUCUGUGAGGUAGUGAAAGAAGGGACACAGCUGCAGAAGUGCCAGCCAAGGUGGGUGGAACUAAAAUCUUCCCUGGAGAUAAAGAAACUUCAUCUGGAAAAUGAGAAGCUGCAACUGGAAAAGAGCUGAGCCGAGUAAUUGGAGUGGAGAGACAGUCCCUUGAAAAAAACUCAUCCGCUGAAUAAACUUCCAUUUUGGAUCUGAAAAAC